GCUGGAGCAUGGCCUGGGGAGACGACCUCCCCGAGUCUGCAACAGCCUCAGCGCUUGGGACCCGAGCAAGGAGCACCGGGUUAGAAUGGGAUUAAAAUGCUGCUGCUUACCCUCUGGCUUCUGACGUCCUUCGUGAGCCAUGGCCAUGCAGACUGCGGCCUCAGACCUGCCUUCAAGCCACCCGUCGCGACCACGAUGAGAGUCAUAGGGGGCCGAGGGGCCCAGGCCGGCGAGUUUCCCUGGCAAGUGAGCAUCCAGAGCCACGGGAGGCAUUUCUGCGGAGGGAUGAUCAUAAGCAGCUGGUGGAUCUUAUCGGCAGCGCACUGCUUCGAGGACGAAGCGCCACCAGAUCUCACCGUGGCGGUUGGGGUGGUCAACUUGAAAAGCCACCAGAGAGAGAUGAAAAAGCUGGACAAGCUGAUUGUUCAUGAAGACUUCAACAAGCUGACUCUAGACAACGACAUCGCCUUGCUCCUGCUCGACUCCCCCAUCCGGCUCAAUGAACAUAAGGUCCCUGUCUGCUUGCCCCUGAUACAUGAUCUCCGCACGUGGAAGAACUGCUGGGUGGCUGGAUGGGGAACCACGGUUGCAGGGGACAAGACAAAAACCACCACCAUGCUCCAGAAAGUGGAGAUGCAGCUGAUCAGCCAGAAGCAGUGCGCCCAGUGGAUCUCGCAGCUGACCGACAACAUGCUGUGCGCCGGCUACGAGGAAGGAGGGAAAGAUGCCUGCCAGGGUGACAGCGGAGGACCACUGGUUUGCACCUAUGGGAACAUCAGGAGAUGGUUUGCAGUCGGCAUAGUCAGCUGGGGGCAGAACUGUGCAGAAAGACACAGUCCGGGAAUGUACACCAUCAUCAUCAACUACCUCUUCUGGAUACAGAAAAAGACAGCCUUGGAAGGGAAACCUUUCUUCCCCGAAGCAAAGGGGAACGCCACAAGUGCCAAGAUACUCCUUUCGGGGGCCAGGAAGUGCCCAGUGCCUCCUAAAUCUCCUCUCCUUUUCUUUAUCUAUUUUGUAUCAACUAUUUUGCUAAUAAACAUUUUCAAAUCCUAA